UAGAGCUGCGGGGCCGGCGGGGCGGCGGGCGAUGCCGGGGCGGGGCGGGCCGGUGGCGGCGCGGCCGGGUCCGGCCGUGUCGGGGCGCGGGGGCGCCGAGCUCCGCUGAGCUCCGCGGUUCCCCUCCUCACCCCCCGCAGCAUGAAAUCGUGCCGGCGCCGGGCGCUGGCGCUCAGCCUGGGCUACGCGCUGCUGCUGCUGCUGGCCGCGCUCAGCCUGCUGCAGCACCGGCGGCACCGCGAGCCCCGGCGCUGCCCCGAGCCCCCCGCCGCCCCGCGGCCGCCCCCGCCGCCCCCCGGCGCCCCCGCCCGCCGGCAGCUCGUCUACGUGUUCACCACCUGGCGCUCGGGGUCGUCGUUCUUCGGGGAGCUCUUCAACCAGAACCCCGAGGUGUUCUUCCUCUACGAGCCGGUGUGGCACGUGUGGCAGAAGCUGUACCCGGGGGACGCCGUGUCGCUGCAGGGGGCGGCCCGGGACAUGCUGGGCGCCCUGUUCCGCUGCGACCUCUCGGUGUUCCAGCUGUACAGCACGGCGGGCGCGGGCAGGAACCUCACCACGCUGGGCAUCUUCGGAGCCGCCACCAACAAGGUCAUCUGCUCGUCGCCCCUCUGCCCGGCCUACCGCAAGGAGGUGGUGGGCUUGGUGGACGACAGGGUGUGCAAGAAGUGCCCCCCGCAGCGGCUCAGCCGCUUCCAGGAGGAGUGCCACAAGUACCGCACCCUGGUCAUCAAGGGCGUCCGCGUCUUCGACCUGGCCGUGCUCGCCCCGCUCAUGCAGGACCCAACCCUGGACCUCAAAGUCAUCCACCUGGUGCGCGACCCCCGCGCUGUCGCCAGCUCCCGCAUCAAAUCCCGCCACGGCCUCAUCCGCGAGAGUCUGCAGGUGGUCCGGAGCCGCGACCCCCGCAUCCACCGCAUGCCCUUCCUCGACGCCGGCCACAAGCUAGGUGCGAAGAAGGAGGGUGGCGGUGGCGGAUCGGACUACCACGCCUUGGGUGCCAUGGAGGUCAUUUGCAGCAGCAUGGCCAAGACCCUGCAGACCGCUCUGCGACCCCCGGACUGGCUCCGGGGCAACUACAUGGCAGUGCGUUACGAGGACCUGGUGGUGGAGCCGAUCAAGACCUUGCGGCAGGUGUACAGCUUCGUCAACCUGGCAGUGAGUCCGGAGAUGGAGAAGUUUGCCCUCAACAUGACCAGUGGCCCCGGCUACUCCUCGAAGCCCUUCGUGGUGUCGGCCAGGAACGCCACCCAGGCGCUGAGCGCUUGGAGGACUGCGCUCAGCUACCAGCAGAUCAAGCAGGUUGAGGAGUACUGCCACCAGCCCAUGGCCCUGCUGGGCUACGAGCGGGUCGGCAGCCCCGAAGAGGUGAAGGACCUCAGCAGAACGUUGCUCAAGAAGCCGUGGCUGUGACGGGGCAGCGGGCGCUCACCCACCAUCCUCGGGAGUGGCUGAGCCCUGUCGGGGAAAGGAGCUGCUCCAGCUGGCUUGAGGGAGGGAGGGAGCUGGGAAAAGCAACCUGCUUUCCGAUUUCCUCCAAAGGCUGCUGAAGGGUAACAUACAGCAAUGUCAGUAAUGUGAUGAUUUCUUAUUUUCUCUCUUUCUUUUCUAUUCCCCCCCGCGAUUGGGUUAGAUGCUAUUUAAAAAAUUAUACGUAAAUAAUGUGGAACUGAAAAUCAUGUGUAAAGCCCCUUUCCCGUUCUCUAAAAUGCCAGGCAGUGAUUCUGCACAAAGAUCUAAUUUAUGGAGUUCUUUUGGGGUUGAAGAUCGUAACAAAAACUCUUGCACAAUUCCUAACACAUCCUUAUCUCCCUUGGUGCGGACGGGAUACCCUUGGAAAGCAUAGUGCUGAAAAUCAGACUUUUGUAUGAAAGCAAAUGUUAAGACAUGAUAGUAAUAAAAAGAAGCCCAAUAAAUGAUAUUCAUUUUUAUAAUUA